CGAAGCUAGAAAUUACCGUUUUGUAAUUAUUAUAGAAAAUCUCAGAAAUAUGGAUUUGAUGAUAAAAUACGGGUCUACAGUAGACGGUUGUUUGACUAGACGAUAGUUUGAUACGAAUCGUAUUAAGCUUACAAUUAGAGCAAUACUUAACAAGAUUUGCGCCCCAAAUUACUUCCGCGCGCAAGGUGGUUCUUAUAUGGGUGUUUGUGAACGCUGUGAAUGCCAUAGCCAUGCAAGCCAAUGUGAUAAAGAAUAUGGAGCUUGUAUUGGGUGUCAACACAAUACUGAAGGAGACCGUUGUGAACGCUGCAGGCCAGGUUUCACUGGAGACGCCCGCCGAGGUACUCCACAUGACUGCUUGCCUGUAGAACAACCUGCACGACCUCCUUGUCAAUGCAAUAAUCACUCACCCAGGGGUUGUGAUUCUUAUGGUCGUUGUAUUCAAUGUGAACACAAUACAGAAAGCUUCCACUGUGAAGUUUGCAAGAAAGGUUAUUACGGCGUGGCAACACGUGGAACGCCCUUUGAUUGCACUCCUUGCCCGUGCCCAGGAGAUAGAGAAUGUUUCUUAGAUGAACGUGGAGAAGUACAGUGCAAAAAUUGUCCGCCCGGUUAUGGGGGAGCUCGUUGCGAUGAAUGUGCCCCAGGCUAUACACGCAGUCAAACUGGAGGCGGACGUGAAUGCGAACCCAUUGGACGUCACCGACCCUCACAAGUUGAUUUUGUGCCCGCUCCAGAAGUACCUCUUCGAGUAGAGAUUCUCCACCCAAAACAUUUGAGUAUCCAUGAAGGAGGCCGAGCUAAAUGGACAUGUAAAGUUGUUAGUGCCUCAAAGCCAGAAUUAGUAGACAUUCAAUGGAGUAAAAUAGGAAUGUCGGAAUUACCUUCAAAAGCCUCUCAAAUAGGGCAUCAACUUGUAAUAGAUCAAGUACAGUAUGGGGAUGUUGGGCAAUAUAGAUGUACUGGAAGGUUGAAGGGGGAUAUUUCGACUGAUGAGGCUAGUCUGAAUAUUGCAGCAGCAGCCCACAUUCCUCCACCCCCAAUACACGUCCCACCUGCCCCAGCACAAAUAUCCCUACCCAAACCAAUCGUCACCCCUCCAUAUCAACUUGUCGAUGAAGGACAACAAGCUGUAUUUACCUGCCUAACUCCUGGCUAUGCUGACUGUGAAGUUGAGUGGCAUUACCAACGAUUGGGUGGCCCAUUGCCUUAUGGAUGGCAAAGAAGGGGAAAUCAAAUAAUUGUUCAAAAUGCUCAAGAUAUACAUGCUGGGGAUUAUAUUUGUAGUGUAACUCAUCAAUUAGGAACUACUGCUUCGGAUCCUGGACGAUUGGAAAUUAGAAAACCAACUAUGCGUGUUAUGGUUGAACCUCCAGAACAAACAGUAGAAUUGGGCAAUCCAGCACGUUUUCGUUGUUGGGUACCGGAGGUGCCUGAUGCUGUCCUUAAUUGGCGGCCAGCACAUGGAGGCGGGUUGCCUCAUGGUUCUGAACAGAGAGAUGGUUAUCUCAACUUCCCUCGAACUGAACACGAUCAUCAAGGACAAUACAUCUGUGCAGCUUAUGAUCCUUCCAGAGACCCACAGGGAAUAACCCCCAUAGAUUCUACACCUGUUGUGCUCAAUAUACGAACCAAACAGCCUUUCCAACCUUUGGUUGAACCUCCUUACCAAAUUGUCGAUGAAGGCCAACCAAUUUCACGUCCCUACCGUUGCUGGGUUCCAGGCUAUCCAGAUACCGUUCUCAGCUGGAAAUCUGCCCAACAACACGGCCUGCCAAGUGGCGUUGAACAAAUACACAAUGGGGCCCAAUUGAACGUUCCUAGGGCAGAGAUGCGACAUGCUGGCGACUAUAUUUGUGUUGCUUAUGAUCCAAAUGAUGAUCCUCAUGGAGAACGUCCUGUUGAUUCGACACCUGUUCGGUUAGAAGUUCGUCAGAGAAGACCCGAAGAGCCACAACCUCCACUGGUCGAUCCUCCAAGAAUAACUGCUAAUAUUGGCCAACCAGCACGUUUUCGUUGUUGGGUGCCGGGCAAUCCAAAUGCACAGCUUACUUGGUCUCCUCUGAGAGGUGGUCCUCUCCCCAAUGGAGCUGAAGAUAGAGGGGGACAUUUAAUAUUCCGAUCUGUUGCUGCUGAACAUGAAGGCCAAUAUAUUUGUUCCUAUUAUCAUCCAGAAAGUGGAAGAACGCUUAAAUCGCCACCUGUUGAACUUGAUGUUCAAGAACCCAAAAAACCACUAAUUGAUCCACCAGAACAACACGUUCCCGAAGGAAAACCUUCUCGCAUUCGUUGCUGGGUUCCAGGCGAUUCUCAAGCGCAGCUUUUUUUUACCAAGCCUGGUGGACUUCCUUUACCAUCAGGCUCUAGAGAUGAUGGACGAGGAAAUCUACACAUUCCCCAAACAUAUAAAGAACAUGAAGGAGAUUAUGAAUGUAUUGCUCAUUUCCCACAUGUUCCUGGUUCUCCUCCACAGACCUCUGAUCCAGCACGCAUUUAUGUCAAUCCACCAUCUGUUGUGGAUGUUCAAAAACCUCCCGGCAAACCACCAGCUCCAGUAGCUACUCCACCCCAUCAGACUGUACCCCGUGGAGAACCUGCCCGUUUCCAUUGUGAACCAAACAGUGAUACACCUGCACAGAUAUUUUGGGGCUUUGGUUCUGCCAACGGUGCUCUUCCAACUGACGUCAGUGUGGAUGAUCAGGAUAUUUUGAUCCAUGCGGCGGAUGAGUCAACCAUUGGCGAUUAUGUCUGUUCCGCUACUAAUGAAUUUGGGAGAGGGGUUGCUCAACCUGUACAUCUUUCUAUUACUGACCAAGAAGAACCUCCAACAGCUAGAGUAGAACCUAAAGUUUGGAACGGCAAAACAGGGGAUAAUCAUCAAUUUAAAUGUUAUGUAACUGGAAAUCCUUACCCAACAAUUUCUUGGACUGGCCCAGGAGUCGAAGAAGGGCAAUUACCCGAAGGAGUAGUUGAUUUGGGCGAUGGAGUGUUGGAAAUCACAAAUGCAAGUAAAGAAUUGCAUGAUGGAAUGUAUACUUGUACAGCUACGAAUCCGUUGGGAGAGGCUUCUGAUGAUGGAAAGGCCAACAUUUCACCACCUGAUAGUACACCAAAAAUUACUAUUCCGCCAGGCAAGCCCGCACCUGCCCGUCUAAAACUAAUUGCUGGUGAGCCUUUGGAAGUUAAAUGUGAGGCCCGUGGAGAGCCCGAACCUGACGUUGAAUGGCUACACGACCCCGGACCAGAACGAGGAGAUCUUCCUGAUGAUUUUGUGCCUAUUACAAUUUCCGAACAAUUCCUCCGACACCCAAGUAUAGGCUUAGGGAAUAGUGGAUGUUAUACAUGCCGAGCCAGUCAUCAAAAUGCUUUUAUAACUAAAGGAAUUUGUAUUGAAGUCAUCGAACCCUCUGGACUAGCAACUGUUGGAAUUCUCGGCGGCCAGCAUCAAUGGUUCCCCCUUGGACACCCCGUAGAACUAGUUUGUGCAGCUUCUGUAUCUUCGCUAGUCGAGAAAGUAGAGUGGAGUAAAGCUGGUGGAGGGGAAUUGCCUCCACAUGCUGAAGCAGAUAAAGGAGGAGUUCUCCGAUUUGAUGCGUUUAAGGUGGAGUUAAUUAAUCUUCAUCAGUUUGUAAUUUUGGCCCUCUCUUUCUUGGGAUAUCUCAGAGUUUUCGGGGAUACCUCAAAGUGGUUUUGGAUGUCUCGGAGUAAUUGGGGAUAUCUCAGAGAUUAUGGGGAUAUAUCUAAGUCUUUAGUCGUUGGGAGUUCCUCUGGAAUAUCUCUUAUAUUUUUGGGAUAUGGUAAAGGAAUGAGACUCUGCCUAGAAGGAGAUAUCAUCGUAGCCUAGGUAUAGGGGGCAAAUGGUCGUUGUGACAUUUUGAUAAAUUGAAUAAGGCAUCCCUUCCUUCGAGUGGCCCUACUGGAAAGUGUUAAACACUCAGUUAUCCCUUCUUAAAAAAUUUAAUAUUCUACAGUAUCCCCAGUUUUAUUUUUACUUAAUAUUAAAUUCAAGGCAGAAGAUGAGGGCGAGUACGAAUGCAGUGCUUAUAGGAAAAACGAAGUGAUAGCCAGCAGCAGAGUGGAACUGCACCCCGAAGGAGAUACUAAACCCGAACUACUUCAAGUUGACAUAUCCCCACCAAACAUAAGGGUGGUAAAUCAAGGGGAUUCUAUUGUGCUAGAUUGUAUUGUGCACGGUUGGAAAAUUAAAAAAAUAUUUUUGAGGGAGGAUGAGGACAUUAU